AGAAGCUGUCUUUGCAUUUUUGCCAAAAGUCGACUUACUCAUCCCUAGUUAAUGACAGAAAAUUUUUGCUGGUCAUUCAAUUUGCAAGAAGGAGAAAGUAUUAAAAAUGUUUGGCCGUCAAAGUCUUGGAAGUGGAUCAUCGAAUGGCUCCAAUUUGGUGGAGUUCCGGGCUGGUAGAAUGAACUUUAUUGGAAAAAUGGUGCAUCCCGAUACACGCAAAGGUCUGGUGUAUCUGACACAAAGUGAAGAUGGUUUAAUGCAUUUCUGCUGGAAGGAUCGCACCACUGGAAAGGUUGAAGAUGAUUUGAUCGUGUUCCCUGACGAUUUUGAAUUCAAACGUGUCGAACAGUGCAAGACAGGUCGUGUCUAUGUCUUGAAAUUCAAGUCCAGCUCCCGUCGCAUGUUCUUUUGGAUGCAAGAACCCAAAACUGACAAGGAUGAGGAACACUGCCGUCGUGUCAAUGAAUUGAUGAACAAUCCACCCUCAGCAUCUCGAGGUGGUGGCCAAGAUGGUGGUGAUUUGCAGUAUAUGCUCAACAAUAUGUCGCAACAGCAAUUGAUGCAAUUGUUUGGUGGUGUUGGACAAAUGGGAGGUCUCAGCUCUUUAUUGGGUUCCAUGAACACUCGUACCCCAUCCUCAAAUCGCAAUAGCAGUUCUAGUGCCGCUGGCCUUGUUACACCCGAAAACUCUUCGGCUCCCCGUACCCCAUCUGCUCCAAAAGCCAAAGGCAGUAAGAGCAGCAGCUCUGGAACUGGCAACACCUCCACAGAGGGUGGGGCAGCCGCAACUGGUGGUAAGAAAUCUUCAAAUUCUGUAACACCCACCAAUGCAUUCCAAUCCUUCUUAUCAAAUCUUUCACCCGAAGCUGGCGCUGGUCGUUCCCUUAACAUUGAUCUUUCCUCGGCUUUGGCUGGUUCCGAGGCCAUCAAUGAAUUGAUAUCGGAUCCGGAACGUGUCAACACAUUGUCCGUUCACCUGCCCGAAACAGAAGAUGCCGACGAAAAUAAGAAACAGCAAAUCAAGGAAACCAUUGCCUCACCACAAUUCCAACAAGCAUUAUCAUUAUUUUCCAAUGCCCUGCAAUCGGCCCAAUUGGGUCCGGUUGUAUCACAGUUUGAAUUGACACCCGAAGCAGUGGCUGCAGCCUAUUCUGGUAAUUUGGAAGAUUUUGUUAAAGCUUUGGAAAAGGCCUUACCCGCCGGCGCUACCAUGUCAUCGUCGCCCGUCAGUUCAAAGGGCAAGGAUACGGCAGAGGUGAAGAAAGAUGAGACCACAGAUCAAGCUGCCGAGAAAAAAGAAUAGUUUCCGAAUUUGGCAGUCAUAGUGCUUGAGUUUAUUAUUAUUUUUUUAUAUGAUUUAAGUUUUCACUUUGUAGGAGGGAAACAGCGUUUUCCUUCAAUUUUUUCUUUUGCUUCAAAAACUUGUUGAUAUACAUCUCUUUCUAUAAAGACUGAGACAAAAAAAUACACAAUUAUUAUACAUACGAAGCAUACAUGCGAUUCAAUUAACCAUUUUCUCUUCAAAAUGAAAUACAUAUGUCCAUUUAAAUAAAA